GGUAAAUUCACCCAAUAGGAAUAUAGUUUCGAUAGCUAAAACCCUUUUCGUGACUGUGUUUGCUUUGAGAAACAAACACAACUGCCGCCAUGCCUACCGUCAGCGUUGGGAGGGAUCGUCUUUUCACAGCUCUUGGCAGAUCUUACACUCAAGAAGAGUUUGAAGAUCUGUGUUUCAGUUUCGGGAUUGAACUUGAUGAUGUGACAACGGAGAAAGCAAUAAUUUCGAAAGAAAAACAUUUGGAAGAGGAAAAACCUAGUGCUGAUGAUGAAAUCAUUUACAAGAUUGAAGUGCCUGCUAACAGGUACGAUUUACUUUGUUUGGAAGGUCUUGCACAAGCCCUUCUAGUUUUCAAUGGAAAGGAGAAGAUACCUAAAUACACAGUUGCCAACAUUAGUAAGGCAUCGAUGCUUAAAAUGCACGUGAAAAAAGAGACAUCUCUAAUCCGGCCUUUUCUUGUCUGUGCGGUUUUGAGGGGCAUAACUUUUGAUGAAGCAAGCUAUAACAGCUUCAUUGAUCUCCAGGAUAAGCUGCACCAAAACAUUUGCAGGAAACGGACACUAGCUGCUAUUGGGACACAUGACUUGGAUACAUUACAAGGGCCUUUUACGUAUGAGGCGUUGCCACCUCCAGAGAUAAAUUUUGUUCCACUGAAACAGGUGAAGAACUUCAGAGCUGAUGAGCUGAUGGAAUUUUACAAGUCAGAUUUGAAGUUGAAGAAGUUCUUGCACAUUAUUGAGAAUUCAAGUGUGUACCCCGUCAUUUAUGACCGCAAUAGAACUGUUUUGUCUUUACCACCAAUUAUCAAUGGUGCACACUCAGCAAUCACUUUGAAGACAAAAAAUGUCUUCAUUGAAUGCACUGCAACUGAUUUAACAAAAGCCAAAAUUGUUUUAAAUACAAUGGUAACAACAUUUUCAACAUACUGCAAAAGGAAAUUUGAGGUGGAACCUGUUGAAGUGAUAUCAUUUGAUGGAAAGUCAAGUGUUUAUCCAGAUUUAUCAGAAUAUAAUAUGGAAGUUCCACUAUCAUAUAUUACCGGUUCCAUUGGAGUUCCUCUGGAGGUAGAUGAGGUCACAAUCCUAUUAAAACGAAUGCAAUUGCAUGCUGAAAAAGCUGGAUCGGGUGAAGCUAAGAUCAGUGUGUCUGUACCUCCAACCAGAAGUGACAUUCUUCAUCCAUGUGAUGUCAUGGAGGAUGUUGCAAUUGCUUAUGGCUAUAAUAAUAUUCCAAAGAGAACGCUUUCUUCUUUGAAGCCCCUUCCCUUGAACCAGCUCAGUGAUCUUAUUAGAUAUGAGAUUGCGAUGAAUGGUUUUACUGAGGUGUUGACAUGGAUUUUAUGUUCUAAGAAAGAGAAUUUUGAGAUGUUAAACCGGAAGGAUGAUAAAUCCACUGCAGUGAUCAUUGGAAACCCGCGCUCUUCUGAUUUUGAGGUGGUCCGCACAAGUCUCAUGCCUGGCAUGCUGAAGACUGUUGGACAUAACAAAGACCAUCCGAAGCCCAUCAAGAUUUAUGAAGUGGGUGAUGUAGUACUUUUGGAUGAGAAGAAAGAUGUUGGUGCAUCAAACCGCCGCCUACUUGGUGCAUUAUAUUGUGGUGCUAACUCCGGUUUUGAGUUGAUUCAUAGCCUGGUGGACAGAAUCAUGGAAGUUAUGGGGACUCCUUUUGUUCCAGUUGGUGAUAAAUCAGGAUAUUUUAUAGAGCUUUCUAAUGAGCCUGAAUUUCUGUCAGGUAGGCAAGCGAAAAUCAUUUACAAAGGAGGGCGCAUUGGCAUCUUUGGUAUCGUGCACCCUGAGGUGUUGAAUAAUUUUGACAUUCCGGACCCAUGCUCCUUCUUGGAACUUGAUAUAGAGAGCUUCUUAUAGGACAUGUUCCAUUGACAGCUGAAAGUAGAUCAGCAGUUGUACUUUGCCAACUUGAUACUGUUUUAUUUUUGGACUUGCAAUGUUUGCUUAAGAUUUAAAGACUUGCCCAUGAAAAUGUUAGCAAUUUGUAGCUGUAAUUUAAUUUUAGACUAUUUAAACAAAUAUAUAUUUUUUCCAUGUUUGUAUGUUUGCACUUAUUAUAUUACUUUUAAGGCAGUUUUAUUUUCGUGA